GGACGUCAGACAGGAUGGACUGACGCAUACUACAUGUCCUACGUGGACUCUCCACAAAAACCACAGACCUUACGUUGCAUUGACUUAAUCCUUUAUCCGGGACUGACCGCCCGGCAGAUCCUCUCUUCACCAUUCUCCCCGACUCUCUCCCACCUAUUCUUACAAUAAUGAUGUCGACGCCUGAGCCAGGACCCGAAGCGUGUAAGUACUGCCCCAAUGAAGAACGGACACUCACAUGCGUUGCCUUCAAGUUGAUGAUCUGCACCUACCUGAGUGUGUGCAGCCCCGGAAGAACUGAGAACGUUCAUUGCGGAGCUCAAGAAUGACAAGAAGAGGCUGACCGAGAGGGUUCUGCAUCUCGAGAGGCAGAACAGGCAUCUCGAGAACAUGCUGAGCGAGAUCGAAGACUUCAACGCCACUCUCAAGUCCGCCUAUGCCUCGGUCUCGUGGUGGAACGCCGAACUGAUUCAGGAGAGGAAUGCGAGAAGGAAGAAGGACGCCGCAAGGUAGAGAUGAGAAACGUAUUAUUGAAGAAGCAUGUGCAUAUGACGACGGGGGGGUGUGCGUGAUGAUUGACUGAUUGAUUGAUUGCAGAACCAAGUGUGCCUCAUCGUUGCCAUCAUUCUCUGCCUUUGUUCGCUCGAUUGCUUCUUCGGGGUCGCGUAUGGCGUUCCGUGGAAGGAGGGAGAGGAGACCUACAGAGAGUGCUAUACAGGCGCCUGCCUCGGUGCCAUCAUCGGAGCUGCCGUCAACCGCUGCGAGGUCGGACGGUUGUGCUGGAGAGAGGAACUGCCAGCAGGGGUCGGGGGACCUGCGGCUGCCGCUCUUGCGGGACUCUUGACCGGGUCCGUGCACAUGGCGGCUCCGCCGCCGCUGAGGACGCGUAGACCCAGCUAGACAGACAAGUGCUUGUUGAACCAAGGAUGAGUCCCUUCUUCACAGCUGAGGCGAUCAGUCAGUCGGUUGCAAUUGGUCGUCGGCUGCUGCUCGCAGAGACUAGACGCGCCUCUCUCUACACACAGAGAGCUCGAGGUAAGCCAAGCGACUGGCUGAGUGACUCACCGACUCACUGAGUGGGUCGUUCUUUCCUUGCUUGUGUGUUUGCUUGUUGUCGCAGGUGGAGGUGUCUCUCAAUUGCAAUGCUUGCACUCCCGACGGACGGCCAGAAACCAUGGUUGCCGAUGGGACGGACGAAAGAGCUAAUGGUACAGAGGCCGACAGACAGACAGAGAGACCAACCAAGCAUGAGAGGCCUCUGAUGAAGCUUGUGUGUGUGACUCAGGCCGUGUGUGAUGUGGGCGGGGAGUGGGGUCGGGGAGAACGAUGAUGCGGUGGAGCACAGCGCAUCGACGGGCAGCAGAACACCCACAGAGGACAUCGAUGCCACAACAAGCGACGAUGUACGAUGAAUGCAUGAACAGAGAGGGCCAAGUGCUCAACCUGCUGCGUGUCUGCGUGUCUAUUGCCCUUUUAGUCGUGGACUCCGUGCAGCUGGCUCGGCGGGUGGCUGUGUGGGUGUGUGCGUCGCGACGCCUGACGUGAUCAUCAGAGAUGCCGAGACAGACAGACAGACAGACAGACGAACCGACAGGUAGAGAGAGAGAGGGAAGGAGGGAGGAAGGAAGAGGCGACGGGCGAGUGAGACCACUGCAUGUAUGUGGGUUGCGUGUGAGCGAAUGGUGCGGCUAAAAGAGGAUUGUGUGGUGGUAGCUGCGAGGCUUCGGUGGACACCGUGAGAUGAAUGACAACCGUCAACACCCAUCUG